GGGAGGUGCGGGCGGGACUGAGCGCGCGCCCCCUCCCCUCCCUCUGCGAGGUGCCGGCAGGAGGGGCCUCGCCCCGCCUCCGCCCCCGGGCCUUUCACGGAUCCCUGCAAUGAAUGGGGGGUGGGGGGCGUGAAGGAAACUUUCCCACCCGGCGCCGUUCGGGUUUGGGGAGAGGGGUCGUUCCUCCGUCCCGUCCCAGCCGGAGCAUCCCCCACCAGGCCCAAAUCCUGCGGCGUCACAGUCGGCGAAAGGGCGGGUCUCUUGCGCCCCUAAAUGUGCAAGCAUGCGUCUAGGUUGGCCCCCCGCCCCCCCAUUCCCUCCGUCAAAGGUCUGGCAUCCCUGGGGUCUGGCAGAUGCCCAGGUACUACGCUCGGCCUAUGACGCGCGGCUACGGCAGAAGGUGGCGGUGAAGAAGCUGUCGCGACCCUUCCAGUCGCUGAUCCACGCGCGGAGAACGUACCGCGAGCUGCGGCUGCUCAAGCACCUGAAGCACGAGAACGUCAUCGGGCUGCUGGACGUGUUCACGCCGGCCACCUCCAUUGAGGACUUCAGCGAAGUGUACCUGGUGACCACCCUGAUGGGCGCCGACCUGAACAACAUCGUCAAGUGCCAGGCGCUGAGCGACGAGCACGUCCAGUUCCUGGUUUAUCAGCUGCUGCGCGGGCUGAAGUACAUCCACUCGGCAGGGAUCAUUCACCGGGACCUGAAGCCCAGCAACGUGGCGGUGAACGAGGACUGCGAGCUGCGGAUCCUGGACUUCGGGCUAGCCCGCCAGGCUGAUGAAGAGAUGACCGGCUAUGUGGCCACUCGCUGGUACCGGGCCCCCGAGAUCAUGCUGAACUGGAUGCACUACAACCAGACAGUGGACAUCUGGUCUGUGGGCUGCAUCAUGGCUGAGCUGCUCCAGGGAAAGGCCCUCUUCCCAGGAAGUGACUACAUCGACCAGCUGAAGCGAAUCAUGGAAGUGGUGGGCACACCCAGCCCUGAGGUUCUAGCAAAGAUUUCCUCAGAACACGCCCGGACCUACAUCCAGUCCCUGCCUCCCAUGCCCCAGAAGGACCUCAGGAGCAUCUUCCAUGGGGCCAACCCCCUGGCUGUGGACCUCCUGGGAAGGAUGCUGGUGCUUGACAGCGACCAGAGGGUCAGUGCGGCGGAGGCCCUGGCCCAUGCCUACUUCAGCCAGUACCAUGACCCCGAUGAUGAGCCUGAGGCUGAGCCCUACGAUGAGAGUGUUGAGGCCAAGGAGCGCACUGUGGAGGAGUGGAAGGAGCUCACCUACCAGGAAGUCCUCAGCUUCAAGCCCGCAGAGCCACCGCAGUCUCCCAGCAGCCUGGAGAUUGAGCAGUGAGGACACGUGCCUGCUGGCCCCUGGGACUGGAGGACGGGCAGGAGCAUGCCGGCCCGCUUCCGCAGCCUGCUGGAUUCCCACGAGGGCUUCCUCCCAGCACCACUGUGGCCGGCACCCUGAGCCUAGCUGGGGCUCCCUUGCCUGCACGCUGCCCGUCGUGGGCAGUCUGUAUGCAUGUGAACGCACAAGAGUGUGCAUGGGUGCAAGCCACGAGUGCAGGCGUCCAGACAGAGCACCCUGGACUUCCUCAGUUCUCUGCCUCCUCCCAACCACCUGGGUCUCCCAUAGGACCUCAUCUGGAUGCCUUGGGGUUCCCCGGGGAAUAUGUCUGUCUCCAAACCUCCUCAGUCCCAGAGGGCUGUCUCUGGAGGGCAUGGUGCCCUGGGGCCAGGCCCUCUGGAGACUGAAGGGAGGGUCUUGGUUGUCAGAGCCUCUCAACCUGGAAGGGGCGGCUGUCCUGGGAAAUGCUGAGACCCUGAAGGUCUGAAAGCUGAGACCGUCACCACGUAUCAGAUGAGAAGACCAUCCUGGAGCCCCGUGUUCCCCUGGGCCAUAUGUGGCACGCGCAUACUAAUGCUCCCGGUACUGACAUGUCAAGGCGCGUGUGAAUCUGGGGGGGCCUGAGAGCCAGCUGCCGUGAGCAGCUGGGAGCCUGAAGUGAGGUGCCUCUGCUGUUACUUCCCUUCCAUGCCAGGGGCUCUGGUGGACAAGGGGCAACCAGGGAACAAAAGCCAGGGCUUUCUCCUGGAGUGUGGGGGUUGCAGCAGACAUGAAGAGGUGGUUGGCACAGGGGGUUCCAGGCUUGAUGCUGGUGGUGGGGGGGAGGGGCACACCCCAGUGUGCCCUUGGAUUCAGACCCUGACCUUGGCCAGCAGCUGAUGAAGAAGCCUCUGCCUGCUCUUGCUCUACCUCUGCCCCCCCUCCGGCCCUGCAGCUGAGCCCUGGACUGUUCUGCCCUCUGGGUCUGCUCGCCUCCUCCCUUCUUCCAGAAUGGAGCUGGUACAGUAACCUGUGGACAUGACCCUGCUCAAGAUGUUGGGGGUGUGGGUCCCCCAGCGAGGGUCUUCUCUUUGAGGAGGUGGUGUCCCGUGUGUCAGGUGGUGACUCCCCACCUUGCAGAGGUCUCAACGUCAAGUGCCUGCACCGGGGUUUCACAAUAAAGGGGGUUCUCUCCCA